AUGGCAGUUCAAGUGAAAACUUCAGAAUUGCUACUAUCUGGGCCCCCGCCGCAGCCGCCGCCGCCGCCGCAGCCGCUCUUCGGCUACCUGGACGGCAAGCUGGACGCGCUGUACGAGCGCAUCGCGGCGCCCGGCUUGCGGCCGCUGCUCAUCAAGCAGGAGCCGCGGGAGGACGAGGAGGCCAAGCCGGCGGCGCUGCCCGCGCUCUACCCCGCGCAGCCGCCCGCCCCGUCGCACCUGCAGUACCAGAUCGCGCACUGCGCCCAGACCACCAUGCACCUGCAGCCCGGCCACCCCACGCCGCCCCCCACGCCCGUGCCCAGCCCGCACCACGCGCACCCCCACGCGCACCCGCACCCCCACGCGCACGCGCACCCGCCCGCCGCGCUUAAGAUGCUGCCGGCGGAGCCGCGGGGCAAAACGAAAAAGACAGUGGACAAGAGCAGCAGCGAGUACCGCGUGCGCCGGGAGCGCAACAACAUCGCGGUGCGCAAGAGCCGCGACAAGGCCAAGCAGCGCAACGCGGAGACGCAGCAGAAGGUGCUGGAGCUCACCACUGACAAUGACCGGCUGCGCAAGCGGGUGGAGCAGCUCAGCCGCGAGCUGGAGACGCUGCGCGGCAUCUUCCGCCAGCUGCCCGAGAGCUCCCUGGUCAAGGCCAUGGGCAACUGCGCGUGAGCCCGCCCGCGCCCGCCCGCUGCAGCGCUCCCCGCUCUGUGCCUUAGGGACCACGCCGAUAAGCUGAGCCCCGG